UCCCUGCCCAUGGCAGGGGGUGGGAUGAGAUGAGCUUUAAGGUCCCUUCCAACCCAAGCCACUCCAUGAUCAUCACCACGUCAUGGCUGUGGUCCCCAGGGAGCUCGUGGGUGUGUUAGCAGGUGAGGAGGUGCCAAUUUUGGGUGUUAACAUGUGUUUUGUGGGUUGCUGUAGGUUUGUGAGGCUCUCCAGGGUCUGUAACCCCCCAGGCACAACCUGUGAGCUGUAGAUCCAUCCUGUCAGGCCUGUGAGCUCCUCGGUGCCAGAGCUCUGCAGGGACUCUGCAGUCCCCCAGGCCCGGGGUGGGUGUGGAGGGCAUCCCUGGGCCCUGCCUGUGCCAGGCUCUGCUGGAGACACGAUCACCGGGAAGAUCCCACGAUGGAGCAGUGGGAAGGUCUGCACGGAGAGCUGAGGUGGAAACCAUCUGCUUGGCCCACACUGACCAGUCCAGGCAGCACAUUCCCAGUUCAGGUUCCACCUGCUGGAACAGCCAGCGCUCCGGUGGGUGUCCUGGUGCAAAUGGAUGGGAAAACUCGGGAUGGAAGGGAUUGAGCAAUGGUCGGUCCCUGCCAAGGCACAGUGUCCGGCGUGGGAAGCGCGGCUCCUUCCAUCUAACCCUGCCCUCUCUCCACACGCUGCUUCUGGAUCUCGUUUCUUUUGGCAGAAAAUUCACAUUCUCAUCCGCCCUCCCCUCCUCUCGGCCGCGGCGGCUCCUCUCCAGCACUUCCCCGCUUCUCCUCUUGCUUGUGGACUGGGAAGGGACCCCAGAGCCACGGUGGAGACGCUGCUGUGAAAGGAAGGAAGAGCUCCCAGAGCUGCUGGUCCUGCUGUGAGAGGACACAGGGAAGAGGACCUUUGUCUCGGCUGCUGUGCCAGGCCCCUGGGAUGCAGCCCGUGGCCCUGCAGAGCCUGUCGGAGCUGGAGAGGGCCAGUCUGCAGGAGCUCGCGCUGUACCGGCUGCAGGAGAAGCUGCUCGUGGGGGAUCUCAGCCUGGACAGAGAUGGACCCAAAGGCAUUAAAUCCAUCCGGCAGAAGCUGGAGAGCUUCUCAAAGGAGAGGAAAGACUGCUCACCUCACACCUUCGGGAUCCCGCUCUCCCAGGUCAUUGCCAACGACCGCGCCCACCGGCAGCUCCAGGAAGCCGUGGGGAAGAGUCGCCGGCUCUGCCUGGAGGUGGAGGCCACGGUGACCAGGUUUCGGGCUCAGAGGCAGAAGAAAUCUGGGAUGGGCCCCAGCUGUGUCCGAGCACCUGACGGGGGCUUCCCAGAGGAGCCGCUUUCCCCAACUCUUCCGGACAAGAGCUUGUGGAGCCAGCGGAGGGGGGCCAUGUCAGUGGAUUCCAUCACCGACCUGAGUGACAACGCGUCCAAGCUGCUGGAGGCACUGCAGCUCUCACACCCCCACGAGCUGGACCCACGGAGAGUCCUGGGCAAGAAGAAGAUGCUGAGCCUCAACCCCAUCACCUGGCAGGUCCCACGGAUCGUGGACAGGUGCUGCACACACAUUGAGAUGCACGGUCUCCAAACAGUGGGAAUCUUCCGCGUUGGGAGCUCCAAGAAAAGAGUUCAGCAGCUGAGGGAGGAGUUUGACCAAGGGCUGGAUGUUUUUUUGGAUGAGCAUCAAAGUGUUCAUGAUGUGGCUGCUCUGCUCAAAGAGUUUCUUCGGGAUAUGCCGGAUUCCCUGAUUCCCAGAGAGCUCUAUGGAGCCUUCCUCAGCACAGCCACCAUGGAGGGGCCAGCACAGCUGGAUGCCCUCCAGCUGCUGCUCUUCCUGCUGCCCCCCUGCCACAGCGACACCCUGCACCGGCUCCUGCGCUUCCUCGGAGAGGUGGCCCGGCACGCCGAGCGCUCCUGGGAUGCUGAUGGCCGGGAGGUUCCCGGGAAUAAAAUGACAGUUCCAAACCUGGCCACAGUCUUUGGUCCCAACAUCCUGCAGAAGGAGAAGCCUGGAGAGAAAGACUCUGGUGCCCUGAACUUUGAGGACAGCGCUGCCAUAAUCCUGGUGCUCCAGAGGAUGAUCGAGCACCACCAGGCCCUGUUCAUGGUGUCUCCAGAGAUGCAGUGUGACAUCCUGAGGAGGCUGUUCCAGACUGAUCCAGAUGUCAUUGACUACCUGCUGCGCAGGAAGUUCCCUGCUGUGCCGCCCCUGGAGCGUGAGGGUUCCGCAGAGGGCCGCUCUCCCUCCGCACUGCCCGGCUGGACACGCAGCCUGGAGAGCAGCUCGGUCUCCUCGGAGCUCUACAGCAAUGUCUCGUUCCUAAACCUGCACGUUGGCAUCUAGUGAGCCCUGGCCAGGCCCUCUGGACAA